AUGGCGGAAUCGGAGGAAACGAGGCUUACGCGUUUAGAGCAACAAAACGAUUUGCGCAUGUCCAUAAUGUUUGACGAAGUGAUGGGGCUUGGACGCUACGCCGACUUCUCCAGAGGUUCAGGAUCUUCUUCCAAAAGUGGUCAAGACGAUUCUAAAGUUGAGGAGAAAGAUCAACCACUUGGUGAACAGGACAGCAGUUGCAGCAAACAAGAGGAAAAGACGGACGGGUUGUUUCCUAGCAUUGCUUCCUUUUCGUCGGCUCCUUCGUUUACAGCCGGUGCAAAUGCUGAAAGUGGAGGAGCAGCACUUGACAAUGCCAUGGAUGCCCCGCCACCGCCUGGGCUGGAGGAUGACGAAGAUGAAGAUUGGGACUUUAACUUUCCGCUUAAAAGCACCCAGUCGAAAGGAGGUAAAUCUGAAUCUCAAAGUGAAACCUUUCCCGGUGAUUCAAGAGAAGCAGAAGACAAUGUGAGCAGUAGGUCAUCAACUUCAUCUGCCUCUUCUGUGCGGCGGGGGCGAGAGAGUGGCCGAGAUAAUGCGGAAAGAAGUUCAGAGACUGAUGACAGCCAGCAGGAACCACCACCGGUUGCAGCCCCGGAAAACGUUCAUCCUCCUCUGUCGCCUAAUGUAAACAUCAAAGACGAGCCCAUUGAUGAAGAGUACGAUGCUGCGCUGUUGCCCCAGAGCUCAAUCAAAGAUGUCAAAGAAGAACUGGAGCAGGAGGAGGAGCUGAGGAUCAGUUCAGUGUUUUCUGUAGGCGGCAGCAGCACUUUUGCACAUCCAUCAGCGCCUGCACCAGUCCCUGCAUCAGUGCCUCUGCCAAUUCCAGCCCCGAUUCCAGCCCCGAUUCCAGCCCCGAUUCCAGCCCCGAUUCCAGCCCCAAUUCCAGCCCCGAUUCCAGCCCCAGUUCCAGUUCCAGUUUCAGCACCAAUUCCAACACUGACACAAAUGCCUGCCACAACCACAGUUUUCCUCUCUGGACGAGGGACGGUGCCUCAGAUCAUGGCUCCUCUGCCGAUCAGGCCGGCGGUCCCUAUAAUGAAUAUUUUGCCCACUGCACCACAAAUGGUCCCCCGCCCUCCACCACCCGUCGUACCCGGUGGUGUGCGCUGCAGUGGCUGUUCCAAGAUUCUAAUGAAAGGUCAAACGGCAUUCCAAAGAAAAGGCUCGACACAGCUCUUCUGCUCCACUGUAUGUCUGACGGGACACCUCCCUUUAGUCGCCAAAAAUCGAACCUGUUUUCAAUGCUACAAAGAAAUUGUAAACCCAAGGGAGAUGGUCACAAUGUCAGUAGAAAACAAUUCCUUGUUGAACUUCUGUGGGCAGUUUUGUCUAUCUGUGUAUAGAGCCAAAAAGAAAAAAGUAGAAACAGACAAGUGGACAACUGAUAAAAAACUAGCAAAGUUACCAGAAAAACCCACCUGCAGUGUGUGCAAAGUCCCCGGCAAGAUCGAGCAUGAGGUUAACCAUCAAGGGUCUCUUUACAAACUCUGCAGCGACGUUUGCUUUGUGUCCUGGCGUAAAAUUAAGCAGUUGGCCUUAAACUGCUGCGAAGGCUGUGGACUCUACUGCAACAGCAACUCUGAUUCCUGUCAAACUCUUAUGGUGGAUAAAUCUGAACUGAAUUUCUGUGGCCCGACAUGCAUCAGCACUUACAAACAAACAUGUAGGAAAACGACCGAUUGUGCCUGUUGCCGUAAGGUUUCUGUCGUAUCAGCAACGAUCAUGGAGGUGGACCAAAAGGGGAAGGUCCAACUGUAUUGCUCAACUUUCUGUGUUGAAAAAAGUCGACCUUCAAAACACAUUCUUAGUGAUACGGCUUUUCCCUGCAGCCAUUGCAAGGUGUCUGCGGUUCCACAGUAUCAUCUGGCCAUGGUGGAUGGAACGAUACGGAACUUCUGCUCACUUGACUGUGUUACGACAUACAGGAAAUUUAGCCGCACAAACGUUACAAAUGGGAACCAAUCUCCCAAAGAAUCAUCUGUGAAAGACCCGCCGCCUUCAAAGGACAAUAUUUCAAGUUGUAAAGAUUCAUUGACGCGCAAUACAAACUCCCAUCCGUCGCCGACCACACCAACUGUCCCUCCUAAGUCGGAAGUUCCACCGGUUUUCGAGCCAGAACCAAUUCAGCCUCAAAAAGUUAAAAUCCAACUGUCCUGCAAUAACUGUAAAAAUCUGUUCAGAUCCAAACCUCAGCUGAUGAGUCACCAGGGCACUAUUUCGAUAUUCUGCAGCAAUGCUUGUAGUUUUGAGUAUAAAAUGCAUAAUAAAAUUUUGGCCACGUGCGGGCAUUGCAAGGCGGAAACCAUUCUCUUCGAUAAGAUUAGCCACAAUGAUGAAGAUGUGUCUUUCUGCAGCGAAAAUUGUAGGAAUGUCUACCAAGAGACUUUGGAAAAUCCAUGUAGCUAUUGCUCCAGAUUCUCCAGUAAAAACGUUCAGAGUCACUAUUGUGGCCAGAUGAAAGGAUUCUGUAAACCGUACUGUAUGUCCAAGUACACAGUGCGAUACUACGGGAUGGCUCGCUGCGACAGUUGCCGUAAACAGUGCCACAUGACUGAGAACCUGCAGUGCAUGGGUUCAGUGAGAAACUUUUGCAACUUAACCUGCCUUCUACAGUAUUGCCACACGCAUUUUAAUAAAGGAUCCCGGCUUACAAGCAACGGGACAGGCCCAGUGCCCCCAAAGCUCAAUGGAACUCCUCCUUCAUCCAAAAAUAUGAAGAAUUCGGACCACGCGAGUACCCAGACUGUUGGCCCAUAUGUGGCUCGUCGACGGCAAAUGAAAAACAAGUCUAUUAUGUGCCGGCCAAUCACAAUGAGCCAAGAGAUCUCGUGCCAGCUGCUGUGUCCGCCUGAGACCACAGCUCCACUCGACGGCCAGGAACCUUCCAAGUCCACGACGGAAGCAUCUACCUCACCCGCGGCAACGCCCACCCCCCUCGAAGACCCCCAGGCGUACUCCAGUCUGCCCGCCCGCCUUUUCGGACGCCACUUCCUCGGCGCGAGAGACGCCCCUUCCGACUGCAAGGUCUGCUCCACGUGCAAGAGAAAGAGGUCGGACGACGAUCCAGAGGAGAGGAAGAGGCCCAAGCUGGAGGAGAACGUGCUGAAGGAGAACGUGGAGAACGAAAACAAGGAGGAGACGGACUGUGAGGUGAAAGUGCGGCUCGGGCAGACCACGUAUUUUUGUAAGACGUGCGUGGGGGAGCCCGGCCUCUGCCCCGUGCCGUGCUUUGAACUCUAUCACACACGACUAAUCUACAGAUCGAUCCAUGAACUAGAAUCACACGAGGAGCCGUCGGCCUGA